GUUUCGUCAAUUUACCGUCUAAGAGAUAUUAAUAGCUUUAAAAACCCUAGAUAUCACUUUCUCGCAUCUUUACCCGCCGAGCUUCGUUUUCUGCUCUGAACUUCGAUACGGCAAAAAUGGCUUCAGAGAAGAAGCUAUCUAAUCCUAUGCGCGAUAUCAAGGUCCAAAAACUUGUCCUCAACAUCUCCGUUGGCGAAAGUGGCGAUCGUCUUACCAGAGCCGCCAAGGUGCUCGAACAACUCAGUGGCCAAUCUCCAGUCUUCUCAAAGGCACGGUACACCGUUCGGUCGUUUGGGAUCCGUCGUAACGAAAAGAUUGCGUGUUAUGUGACCGUCAGGGGCGACAAAGCAAUGCAGCUUCUUGAGAGUGGUUUGAAGGUUAAGGAGUAUGAGCUUUUGCGUCGUAACUUCAGUGAUACUGGCUGCUUUGGUUUUGGAAUUCAGGAGCAUAUUGAUCUCGGAAUUAAGUACGAUCCUUCUACUGGUAUUUAUGGCAUGGAUUUCUAUGUUGUUCUGGAAAGACCAGGUUACCGUGUAGGUCGGCGCCGUAGAUGCAAAUCAACUGUUGGAAUUCAGCAUAGAGUCACUAAAGAGGAUGCCAUGAAGUGGUUCCAAGUCAAAUAUGAAGGAGUCAUCCUCAACAAGUCUCAAAAUAUAUCCUAGAAAAGGUUCUCUACUUUCUUUGAUAGCAUGUUCAAAUUUUGGCAAUAUGUUUACUUGUUUUAAGAUUUUUGUUUAUCAGAACUUCAAUAUCUUGUUUAAGGAGCGUUUUUGUUAGCUGAUACACAAUGUCAGUAAGUUGUGUUUUGUUACUAAACCAUACUACACAAGCAAAAUUUCCAAGA